AUGUCGGGAGACCAUCAAAGAGCGCGGACCGCCCGACCUGGGGCGUGUCCACCACCGAGGUCGCCCGAGCGGAAAGGGGAAAAAUCCAGCGUCGAGUCCCGAGUCCGCAGAUGGACGGGACAGGAUCGCCAGAGCAAGAGGCCGAAAGCCGAGACAGAAGCGCAGGUGGUAUCAUCAGAAUGGCAGUCCACGGCAGCAGGUGCACAGUGGACGCCGGGGUAUCGCAUGGGUGGUGAGAGGAUCCAGGAGAGCAGCAACAAGAGAAGCGUCGAGGACAUGCAGACAGCGCGCGCGGGCGCCGUGCAAGGCUCGACCGUCCGGGAUGCAAGUUGGAAUCCGCAGUAG